AUGGCGUCGCGGCGCGUGACGCGCAAGUGGGAGGUGUUCGCCGGCCGCAAUCGGUUCUGGUGCGACGGCCGCCUCAUGACGGCGCCCCACCCGGGCGUGUUCGUGCUCACGCUCGCGCUCAUCUGCAGCACGUGCGCGCUGCACUUCGCGUUCGACUGCCCGUUCCUGGCGGCGCGCGUGUCCCCCGCCGUGCCCGUCGCGGGCGCGGCGCUGUUCCUGUUCACGAUGUCGGCGCUGCUGCGGACCGCGCUGUCGGACCCGGGCAUCAUCCCGCGCGCCGCCGCCGCCGAGGCCGCGGCGCUGGAGGCGGGCGCGGGCGCGGGCGGGGGCGGGGGCGGGGGCGCGGGCGCGGGGGAGGCGGGCCGGCCGCCGCCGCGCGCGCGCGAGGUGCUGGUGCGCGGCCGGCCCGUGAAGCUCAAGUACUGCUUCACGUGCAAGAUGUUCCGGCCGCCGCGCGCCUCGCACUGCUCGCUGUGCGACAACUGCGUGGACCGGUUCGACCACCACUGCCCGUGGGUGGGCAACUGCGUGGGCAAGCGCAACUACCGGUACUUCUACACGUUCGUGGUGUCGCUGUCGUUCCUGGCCGUGUUCGUGUUCGCGUGCGCGGUGGCGCACCUGGCGCUGGAGGCGCGCGGGGCGGGGCUGGGCGCAGCGCUGCGCGCGUCGCCGGCCUCGGCGCUGGUCGCCGCCGUCUGCUUCCUCUCCGUCUGGUCCGUGCUCGGCCUCGCCGGCUUCCACACGUACCUCGCCUCCACCGACCAGACCACCAACGAAGACAUAAAAGGGUCGUUCUCGACGCGGCGCGGCGUCUCGAACCCGAACCCGUACUCGCGCGGCAACGCGUGCGCCAACUGCUGGCACGUGCUGUGCGGGCCCCUCGCGCCCAGUCUCAUCGACAGGCGGGGCGUCUUCACCAUCGACGUGAAGGAUGAGUUGCCGGCGAGCUUCGCGCGCGUCCUCGCCCCCGCGGCCGCCUCCCCCGCCCCCGCCCCCGUCCCCGCGCCCGCCCCCGCCCCCGCGUCGGCGGGCGAGGGCGCGUUGGCGGGGGGCGGCAGCUACACCAACCUGUUCGAGGCGGGCGACGGGCCGGGCCUGGCGCGGCACGCGUACGCCAACCGCAGCCUCGACCUCGACCCGGUGCCGCUGCACGGUGAGUGUCGAGGGGCUCCCGGACCGAGGAUAGUUUUACAGCAUCGAAUCUCAUGA